GAGCCUGGCCGGUCCAAGCCCAGGGAUGCACCGGGAUGCUAGGAGGACAUUGCUGGAGGGACCGGGUCUGGCACAGGGAGCUGCCAUAACGGAACCCACCGAGGGACAGCUGGGAGCAUAGCCGGCCAGUAAACUCAUAUCUCAUCACUCCCCAAAGAGGGUCAUUUAGUUUCCUUGACUGUACGUGAAACAUCACCGACAUUGGGCCAGAUGCUGGGAGCAGGGAGGAUGGAGGAGUUUCAUAGUGAGGAGGACGAGCCUUGGUAUGAUCAACAGGACCUUGAGCAAGAUCUGCACCUGGCAGCAGAACUGGGAAAGACACUUUUAGAGCGAAAUAAGGAAUUGGAGGUUUCACUGCAGCAGAUGUACCUUACCAAUGAAGAUCAGGUGCAGGAGAUCGAGUACCUGAGCAAACAGCUGGAGAUGCUACGCCAAGUAAAUGAACAGCACGCCAAGGUCUAUGAGCAGCUGGAUACAAUCGCAAGAGAUUUGGAAGUGACUAACCUAAGGCUGGUGCAGGAGAGCAAAGUGGCCCAGCACAAGAUAGCAAGUCUCACAGGUACUAUAGAUGGCUUGCAGAAACAGGUGGAGGAUCUGCAAAAACAAGUGGAAGAACUGCGCAGUCAAGACCAGGUUCGAGUGCGGAGGGAAAAGAGAGAAAGGCGUCGCACUAUCCACACAUUUCCCUGCAUACGGGAGCUGUGCGCCAAUCCCAGGAAUGAAGAUACACUCUACAUGCAUGGUUCUUGUUUGGACUUAUCCCCUAAGCCAUUACAGAGAGAAAACGAGCGUCUGCACAGUGCCGUGGCCUCACUUCGGGCUUUAGUUGCUGAAGAACGUCAGCGAAAAGAAAAGGCAGAACGGGAAUAUCAAUCGGUGGUGCAGGAAUAUUCUGAGCUCGAACAAAGAGUUUGUGAGAAUGAAAACUGCAGGUUACGUGUACAAGAACUGGAAGCAGAACUACAGGAACUACAGCAAAUGAAGCAGGUGAAGCGCUACCUGCUGGGAAGGGGUGACAGCCUUUCUCAGGCAUUGCUAGAACCUCUUAACAAGACCCCUGAAACAGAUGAUCCAGAGCCUCAUGAAGAGUCAGGAGUCGAUAUGAGCAGGAGCCAUACACCCCCAAACUCGGCUGUCAGGAAAAGCUGUAGUGACACAGCCCUGAGUGACAUUGUAGGUAGGGAUGCUGUAAGUCGGCACGAAGGCAACUACACUCUACAUGCUAACAACACAAGGCGUCGUGGCAUGUCUAUCUUGCGCGAAGUGGAUGAGCAAUAUCAUGCUCUGCUGGAGCGAUAUGAGGAGCUGCUGGCCAAGUGCAGGAGACAUGAGGACAAUCUGUGUCAUGCUGGAGUACAGACCUCCCGUCCAGUGUCUCGGGAUAGCUCUAGUCGAGACCUACCAGGUGAGGAGGGAGAGUCUGAGCGAGUACUGACCAUGCAACUGGAAGCUGUAGACCGAAGGCUUGAACAGAGUCAACCAGAAUACAAGGCACUCUUUAAAGAAAUAUUUAAUCGCAUCCAGAGAACCAAGCAAGAUGUUAGUGCCGGGAAAGGUCCAGGGGGCAAAUAAUAAACUAGCAGCUUAUUUAACACUAUUCUCAUCAGGAAUUCCAUUGACGGUCUCUCAGAAUAUCAUUUUGAUACUGACUGUACAUUUACUGCUUAUUAACACUAAAGGCAAACCUUGUGCAACGCCCAUCACUAACGCACCCAUACUGCAUAGAUCUGUACACAUAUUCACUAUCUUGAUCACUGCUUUGCAUAGAUAUAUGCACUAUUACUACAGAUGCAGAUUAUAUGUAUUAUUGGUCUGCACUGAAAAUUGCUAGCUUUUUUUCCCUCUACUUAGAUUAUAUGUCAUAAAUAUUGGUGGCAUAUAUCAUCCAGAUGGGCAAUUGGGGCCCAUCUGUAGGAGCUGUAGACAUUGUAAAAGGUUUUACAAUAAGGUACUUUUAAAAAGGUAGCAGAUAAGUAUGAUAAAGCAAGAAACCAAGAAUAAAUAUAUUAACAAACAUACACCAGAAAACAUAAAAAAAUGA